GUGCAGCAGCUUGAGUACGAAGGUCAGGAGGUUAGUUGGGGAGGAUCGUCGCGUUUUCCUGGAGAUGCGAUGGUGAUGAUGGGCGGUGGACAUGGUGGUUCUGUUGAGGAUACGGAGGAGGAUGGUGAAGUUGACUAUCCCACUGGUCAACAUCAUCUAGAUGGUGAUGGUGAUAUGUCUUUGGAAGUUAGAGGAAAGAAACAAUCUUCUACUUUUGAGCCACAGAAAAAACAGGAGUUAUUUUUGUGUAUGUCAGGUCAAAAGGUGGUAGGGAGGGAGAGUUUAGUUGAGAAUCACGUGGCUUGUGUUGAUUUACAAGAAGAUAAGGACGGCGCGGGUGAGAGUUUGUUGGAGAAAGGGGAGGCUUUUGGAGUGCACGCGUGUCAGAUAGGUGGGCCAGCAGAAUUUCAAAUUAGGACUGAAUUAAGGGAUCCAAGAUAUCGUACGACCCGGUUCAGAUCCAGUUCACUACCACCUACCCGACCCAUGCGUGGUGGGCCAAAUGAUGAAUUGGGUCUAGUUGCAAAUGCAGAAAAGGAGAUUUCUGAUUCUAUCUCUCUAGUAGAAGUCAGAGGAGGGGUAAAUAGAAAUUCUGAAGAGGAGGAUGAAGAGGAUUCUCGUGUUUCUGUUUCCACCAAAGUGAAACGGCGCGGAAGGUCUAGAAAUUCGAAGAUUCGCUCGAACCCGGCCUGUAUGGGGGUACCGAAUUUUAUUCAAUUGGCGGCGGCGAUGAGAGAUGGAGGAGGUAAACGCAGGCAUCGGAAGAGUGCCGGUGGGGCUGAAACAUCACAACGGACUCACGAUGUCAGUGAGGGGGGGUCGAGCUCGGCUUCUGUGUUGCCUGAACCUGAAAUACAUGCUGAGGAGGAGAAUUCGAGAGUUUCGGAUACCCAAGGGAGUCUGAAUUUGGAUGUUGCUUUGCCUAUUAUGGUGGUUGAAGAUUCUUUAGAGGGUAAUAAUAUUGGAACUCAAGUAGAUGCAGAUGCUAAAAAACUUCUUCUUCUGCAAAAACAUGUGGGCUUCAAUUAUCAUGAAAUUGAUGGGGAUGUGAUUAAAGCUUUGUCUGAAGAUGAAAGGAGAGAUAGAUCGAAGAAACAAGAAUGGGAGCUAAGGAAUGGGUUUGUUGGCGUGUGUGUUGAAUGGGGGGCCUCGAAGACCAAAUGUUAUGUGGUGAAUGUUUAUUCUAAAUGCGAUCUUGCUUCCAAAAGAAGAUUGUGGAAUAAUAUUAAAAUGUCAAAAGCCGGUUUCGGAAGUGGGAAUUGGUGUGUGGUGGGGGAUUUUAAUGCGGUGUGUGCGCCGGAGGAACGUAGGGGAGUGGGUGAAGAAGUUGCUUCGAAUAUGGAGAUUAGAGAUUUUGGUGCCUUCAUUGAAGAUUCGGAACUUAUUGACCUUUCGCUAUUGGGUCGUCACUUCACUUGGUAUCAUACCAAUGGGGUUUCUAUGAGCCGAAUUGAUAGAUUUCUUGUGUCCUCGGAGUGGUUGGAGUUAUGGGGGGAUUGUACGUUGUGGGUUUGUCCCCGGGAUGUUUCGGAUCAUUGUCCACUUGUGUUGAAGAAUGUAAAUAAUGAUUGGGGACCUAAACCAUUUAGAUUCAACAAUAAUUGGCUUGGUCACAAUCUUUUCAAUAAAGUGGUGGAAGAUUGGUGGAGGGAGACCGAGGUGACGGGAUGGAUGGGUUUCGUUCUUAAGGAAAAGUUGCGCGGCCUUAAAACGAGACUUAAGGAGUGGAAUAUGGUUGAGUUUGGGAGUUUGGAGAGUAGAAUGAAGAAACUUACCGAC